GUGCACGCUGGGAAACGUAGUCCCCUCGGUCACUCCGCUGCGUGUCUCUGGACGGGCUCCCGAGAAGCCGAAAAACUACGAACUCACCGAGGCUCGUUGUGGAGACGGUUCUUGCGGCUCUUCUGUCUGCCCACAGGCAGCCACCAUGCUGGCCGUCCUGUCCGUGCUGUCCGUGCUGCUGCUGUGCCCGUGUAGUCCGGUCAGUGCCGUUUUCCAGAGGCUUUACUGCAGCUUAUCGGACAGCUGCGAGUGCGACUUCAAGCCCAACAUCAGAGACCUGGAGUGGGACCUCUACAAGAACGUUUUCGGGCAACCUCUGGCCCAGGACAUCGUGUCAGAGGAGGUAGCGAGGUUCCUUCAAAAUAAAAGCCCGGAUCGACCCCUGGUGCUGUCCUUCCAUGGCUCGUCCGGGACCGGGAAGACGCUGGUCAGCUCCAUGUUGGGGAAGCAUCUGUUUGGCUCGGCCAUGAGCAGCCCUUACGUCCACCAGUUCAUCCCCACGCUGCACUUCCCCCGCCCCGACCGGCUGCAGGAGUACAGGGAGGAGCUGAAGAGUUGGGUGAAGGGAAACCUGACGGAGUGCGCUCGCUCCGUCUUCCUGUUCGACGAGAUGGAGAAGAUGCCCCCGGGACUCAUCGACGUCCUGGAGCCCUUCCUGGGUCCCUCGCACGUCGUGUUUCGCACCAACUACCGCAAGGCCAUCUACGUCUUCAUCGGCACCUCUGGAGAGGAGGUGAUCAACAGAAAGGCUCUGGAGAGCCGGCAGGCUGGUCGGGACCGAGAGGAGAUCACGUGGGCCGACUUACAGGACGACAUUGCGCGGGCGGUCUACAACAGCUCCACUAGCGGCUUCUUCCGGUCCUCGGUGGUGCUCCAGCGGCUCGUCGGGCGCUUCGUUCCCUUCCUGCCGCUCAGCCGGCGCCACGUGGAGCGCUGCGUCCGCUCGCAGCUCUGCCAGCGCGGCAGCUGCGGCCGCGGCGACGUGGUGGAGGCGGUGGCCGGCGACAUGACCUACGCCCCCGUCCCGGGACACUACUUCUCCACCGCCGGCUGCAAGGCCGUCCCCGCCAAAAUAAACUUCUUCCUGUGAGGCCGGCAAGAGAAGAUGGAGAGCGAGUGAGGAGGUUUCGGGGGGGGCGGGGCGGGGGGGGGGCUCUGAAAGCCAACCGCAGCUUUGUUCAAGGGCCGGGUCCCUGAAGGCAUCGUCGGUCACGUGACCCUCAACCUCGACUCCUCCUCAAACUUCUGAGAGUUGACGUUUCAGUAUUUAUUGACCUUCAUCAUUUUACUCUGAUACGGUUCCACUGGUCUCCUCCCAGUUCUCCCACAGGCGGGGCAGGAAAAGGGAUUGACACUUAUUUUAUCAUUUUGGUGAUUUUAAUACAUCUGAAUGUUUUUUUUAAAUUGUUAAAAAAAAUCCAGACGAGAAAGGGAAGAUUUGCUGAGUGAAGUUUAAUAUAAACUUUCCUAUUUCAUAAGAAAGUGUUGAACGAUGCUGCAGGAAAAAACCACAGAAGAAGAAACAUCAUGUAACGGGAGAAAUAUCAUCUUCAUCACUGGCAAAAAAACAAAUUAUAGUUUAACAAUAUACACUAAUGAACAUGGACAACCUACUUCAGCCUGUAACUUCUGGAGGAGUUUUUUAUGAAGAAGAAUUCUGCAGCAGAAGAUGAAUUUGACUUCCUUCCGUCCUGCGGCGUCUUCCAGCACAGACUCGUCUCUGCCAGCAGGGGGCAGCGUCGACCCAAGAGGGAGAGCUCAGUGAGACUAUUAAUUAUGAAGAUAUUAUUAAGUUAUCGUAACACAAAGUGCACUUUCCUGCUGCGGAGGAUCAAACACACUCAGCCUUUGUGGAGGCAGUUUGUGUCUCAAAAAUACUCCUCAAAAUGUUUAUGAAGAUUUAAAAUGUGUCACUGUGGUAUUUGUACACAGUGGUUUUUGUACACAGUGGUAUUUGUACACAGUGGUACUUGUACACAGUAUUCCUGUUGGUGUCUCUGAGGAGGAGCAUUGAGGCUCCAGCCUCCUGUGAAGUGCCUGUUGGAGGAAUAAAAGAACAUCACUUGACAAGUAGUCAGAUCCCUUUAAAGUGUUUAUUUGCACUUCUCUUUCAGCCUCCUACGUUAAAACUACUUAAAGUCUGACCUCAAACCCAACGGAUUACUUACUAAUUUAAUAUAUUUAAUAUAUUUAAAUGAUUUUUAACACUGAUUUCAAAGUGAAAUUUACCUUAAAGGUCAAAACGGCUUCAACAUUAAAUAAAUAGAAGCAGUGUGUCACAUCUUGUCUUCUCACAUGUUUCUAUGGACUAUUUCAUCUUAAUUACUAAUGUUUGUGAGUAAAUUAAAUUAAUUUACUUCAUGGUCCUCUUCUAGAAAGAUCCAUUAAAAGAGCUCAGAGCGUCUCUGAAACACUCUGUGACCGAAGACGAGAUGUUCUAUGAAGGCUUCUCGUGAUGAAGGCUUCUCGUGAUGUUCUAUGAAGCCAUAAACUAAAAUGGUGACGGAUAAAAUAUCAAACUCCAAGCUUUAAAACAGCAUUCCAUGUCGUCAUGGUGACCGCGUCCUCUUCUUGGUCCAUCACAUUUUAGGCUUUUGGUAGUAAACUUGAGGUGGUCCACAGGUUGUAAACUCAAGUUUAAUUCCAUCGUGAUGAUUUGAAACAUAGAAGUGUGACAAGAAACAAACGUUUAAUCUGGAUGUCAAUAAAGAGCCAA